GAAAAUGGAGUUGUCGAUACGGUAUUUACAGAAAUCAAAAGGCUGUGUUAUGAACUUUCGAACAUUAUGCAAUGUGCCCAGCAGACUAAACUCAACGAAUAAAGUUUUGAAAAUAUGUGAUUUCGAAGAGAAUGCAAGAAGUUUUCGAUCGAUAUCAACCGCAGAGAAAAUUGCGAGAUGUAAGUUAGCUAGCUUGUACAGAUUACUUUAUAUCAGUGGUUGGGCGGAGGAUGUUUUGAAUCACGUGACACUUCGAUUACCAUCUAAAACAGCUAUUAGUUGUAAUAAUGAUAAUCAGAUUGAUGAGACUUUUCUUAUCAAUAAGUUUGGGCUGCAAUACUGGGAAGUGACUUCUUCUAAUUUGGUGGAAGCAACCUUGUCGGACGACGCCGAGAUAGUGUCACCAGGAAGCAAUUGUGGGCCUGUGGGAUUAAACAAAGCAGGUGUUGUCCUGCACACAGCUCUACACAGGGCGCGUGAAGAUGUCGAGUGUAUCGUGCAUUUUCACCAGACGGACGUGCAAGCUUUGUCGGCUUUGAAGUGUGGUUUGCUGAAGACAUCUCUGGAGUCGUGUAUCUUGGGAGGAGUCUCCCGGCACUCCUUCAGAGGCAUCACAAUUCACCAGGAGGAACGGAAACAGUUGAGACAGAGUUUGGGAAAAACCAACAAGGUGAUGAUGCUGGACAACCAUGGCGCUGUGGUGUGUGGCAGUUCAGUGGAGGAGACAUGGCAACUCACCACUCUAUUAGUGCACGCAGCCAAAUCACAGUUGACUGCGCUGCAAGCGGUCGGAGGGGAUGAAUCGAAGUUGGUUCUAAUUGAGGAAGAGACGGCACAGCGCACCUACGAAACAGCCUGGAGUGGCAAUUUACACGGAAGAGAUUUAACAGACACGGUGUCUCAUUCGGGAGAAAAGGGAAAGAGCAUUGCUGGCGAGGGGAUCGAAAAUGAAGCACUUACACAGAAGUUUGGAGUCCGUUUGUUCAACUCUGAAAUUAGACGACUAGACUUCAUGGGAUAUAACACUGGUCUAACUUGAUUAUUGCUUGAUGAUUUGAAUUAGCUUGGAAUGAUUUGAAUUGGAUCGAAUUGAACACAAUCUACUUAAUGUGAUUACAUUCAACUCGAAGUAAUUUCUGAUCGGUAGACUAGAUAGAGGAAUUAAAAACAGACAGUGAGUUUGAUAAAGGUUGUUAAAACUAGAAUAAUUAGACCAUCUCAUAUGCCUUUUUAAUCAUUUUUUA